UAGAAAUUAAGCAACAAGUAAUAAAUCAAAUUUUACAAUAUUAUACCUUGAAAAUUUUGAACAACUCGAGAAAGGUAACUUGCCGAUGACGAUUCUAACAAGUAAAGCUCCAUCUAUAAAAUCGAUUCUCUGUUUCGUUCGAAUUAGUAAGAACGCGGCAUAGCAAAUGUUACUUUUCAACAUGGCCUCGUACGUGCGAUUGGGAUUAUUAUUACUAUUAGUCUGUUCCUUUCUUCUUGUUGAUGCAGUUAAUAGAGAUAUAUUUAAAACAUGCGAGCAAAGUAGUUUCUGCAGACGCUGUAGAAAAGUUGAACCUGGAAAAACACCAUAUCAGCUUGUAACAGACACAUUGGCUGUAAAUGAAUCCAGUAUAAGUUUAGACUUGUUUAACAAGGAUACAAGGGUUCUUUAUACGCUGCAAUUGACUGCAUUAAAAGGCAGCACAUUUAGGCUCCAUAUCAAUGAAAAAAAUCUGUUACAUCCAAGAUAUGAAACUGAACAUGCUCUUCAAGAUCAGCCUCAAACAUCUAAGUUAACUUUGUUUGAAAAGACUGCAAAUCAUAUAACUGUAACAAGUGGAGAACACAAAGUUAUAUUAUAUACUAAUCCAUUUAGAGUGGAUUUAUAUUCUCAAGAUGUAUUGGUUAUAUCUGCAAAUGCAAGAGGUCUUAUGAGAUUUGAACAUCAUCGUACAAAACCCAAGAAACCGGAACAAGAGGAAAAUCCUGAAAAUGUAGAAACAGCAAAUAAUGAUCAAACUCCUGGUGAUGGUGCAGAAAAUGAUCCAGGUGCUUGGGAGGAGAAUUUUAAAACUCACCAUGAUUCCAAACCUUUUGGCCCAGAAGCAAUUGCCUUAGACUUCAGUUUCCCUGGAUCUGAACAUGCAUAUGGCAUACCUGAGCAUGCUGAUUCAUUUGCACUAAAAUCUACAAAGCAAGCUCAUCCUUACAGAUUAUAUAAUUUAGAUGUGUUUGAAUAUGAAACUAAUGAAAGAAUGUCAAUUUAUGGUGCAAUACCUGUUCUCUAUGCUCAUGGUAAAGAGAGAACAACUGGUAUUUUUUGGCAUAAUACUGCAGAAACGUGGAUUGAUAUUUUGUCAAGUGCAGAUAAUAAUGUUGUAGAGAGUAUUGUAAAUUUCAUGUCUCGUUCCACUAAAAAAUCACAAGUAGAUGCUCAUUUCAUGUCAGAGUCUGGUGUAAUAGAUGUGUUCUUCAUGUUGGGUCCUAAGCCUAUGGAUGUAUUUAAACAGUACACUGCCUUAACAGGUACAGCACCUCUGCCACAAAUGUUUGCUUUAGGAUAUCAUCAAAGUCGUUGGAAUUACAAUGAUCAAGAUGAUGUUAUACAAAUAGCAGAAAAUUUUGAUGUACAUGAUUUACCUUUGGACGUUAUGUGGCUGGAUAUUGAAUAUACUGAUAGUAAAAGGUACUUUACUUGGGAUGGUCGAAAAUUCCCAAAUCCCACUGAAAUGAUACACAAUUUAACCGCGAAAGGUAGAAAAUUGGUUGUUAUCAUUGAUCCGCAUAUUAAACGUGAUACCGGUUAUUUCGUCCACAACGAGGCUACAAAAUUGGGCUAUUACGUUAAAACAAGAGACGGAAAAGAUUACGAGGGUUGGUGUUGGCCAGGAGCAACGUCAUAUUUGGAUUUCUUUGAUCCAACAGUACGAGAGUAUUAUAUCAGCCAAUACAGUUUAGAUAAAUUCCAUGGUACCACUAAUGAUGUCUAUCUCUGGAACGAUAUGAACGAGCCAAGUGUAUUUAAUGGUCCUGAAGUAACUAUGCCUAAAGAUGUAAUCCAUUAUGGUGGUUGGGAGCAUAGAAAUGUUCAUAAUAUUAAUGGGCAUGUUAUGAUUAUGUCGUCAUACCAAGCUUUAUUUAGAAGAUCCGGAGGUUCUUUAAGGCCAUUUAUACUGACAAGGUCUUUCUUUGCUGGUUCACAACGUUAUGCAUCCAUGUGGACUGGCGAUAAUACGGCCGAAUGGGAUCAUCUUCGCAUAAGUUAUCCAAUGUGUCUUAGUCUGUCUGUUUCCGGAAUGUCGUUCUGUGGAGCGGACGUUGGUGGCUUCUUUAAAAAUCCAGACGCUGAACUAUUCAUUAGGUGGAAUCAAGCUGGAGCCUGGCUUCCAUUUUAUCGUCAGCAUUCUCAUAUUGAGACUAAACGACGGGAACCUUGGACGUUUAAUGAGGAAACUAUUCAAAUCGUCAGAGAGGCUUUCCGAAUGAGAUAUUCAUACUUACCAUUAUGGUAUACAGCCUUCCGUGAACACGAAAUAAAUGGCACUCCGGUUGUGCUACCUUUAUGGGCUCAUUAUCCAAGUGAAGCAGAAACAUAUGCUAUUGAUGAUGAAAUAUUAAUUGGAGAUUCUAUUCUUGUACGUCCAGUGUUACAACCAUCUGUCACGGAUGUUAAUGUAUAUUUCCCUGGAGAGGGUAAAGUAACUUGGUACGAUAUUGAUACCAUGCAGCCAUAUCAUCAACCAGGUCUAGUUAAUGUUCCUGUAACUCUUCACAAGAUUCCGGUGUUCCAAAGAGGCGGUUCUAUCGUUCCGCGUAAAAUGAGAAUACGUCGUAGUACCGUUGCGAUGAAGAAUGACCCUUAUACUCUAAUAGUUAUCACAGAUUCUGACGGUAAAGCCAAUGGCACGUUAUAUAUCGAUGACGAAGCCAGCUUUGAAUAUCGUCAUGGGAAAUAUUUAUAUCUAAGACUCAAUUUCGAAGGAAAUAAAUUAACUUCAACUUUCAUAGACAAAUUAGCUUCAUAUCAAACAGAAAGCUGGUUGGAAAGGGUAGAUAUUGCAAAUCCACCUAAAGGAGUUAAAUCUGCCGUAUUAACUUCACGCAGUUUGGGGAAAGUUAAUUUGGAAACCAAAUACAAUCCAAAUAAUAAUGUAUUGACUGUGCGUAAACCGAGUGUAAAUAUGGGAGAAGAAUGGACUAUUGAAUUAAUCCAUUAGAAUUACAAUUUUAUUCAUCAUAAACUCAGUAAUCAUACCGUAAUGCCAGUUUUCUAUUAUUCACGUACUUUUUUCAGCUAUCUGUGAUCAAAAUGUCAUUACAUACUAUAACAGGACAAAUAUAAUAUAAAGUUAAUGUAAAUGAUAUA